CUUCAGCGCCGCCGGUGUUCCAAGAAAAGCUGCCCGGGGCUGGAAGGCGCCCUGGACGCCGGAACCUUUGGUUCCAGGCCGUGGACCGCGCCGGCAGCGCCCGUGGCCUUCCGGGGAGAGGAGUGGGCGGGCGGCGAUGGCGGCGGCGCCGGCCCUGAAGCACUGGCGCACUACGCUGGAGCGAGUGGAGAAAUUCGUGUCGCCGCUCUACUUUACCGACUGUAACCUCCGCGGCAGGCUCUUCGGGGACAGCUGCCCGCUGGCCGCGCUCUCCAGCUUCCUGACUCCCGAGAGGCUUCCCUACCAGGAGGCGGUCCAGCAGGACUUCCGCCCCGCGCAGGUCGGCGACAGCUUCGGACCCACAUGGUGGACCUGUUGGUUCCGAGUGGAGCUGACCAUCCCGGAGGCGUGGGUGGGCCAGGAAGUUCACCUUCGCUGGGAAAGCGAUGGAGAAGGCCUGGUGUGGCGCGAUGGGGAACCUGUCCAGGGUUUGACCAAAGAGGGGGAGAAGACCAGCUACAUCCUGACUGACAGGCUGGGGGAAGGAGACCCCCGGAGCCUGACCCUGUAUGUGGAAGUAGCCUGCAAUGGGCUCCUGGGGGCCGGGAAGGGAACCAUGAUCGCAGCCCCUGACCCAGAGAAGAUGUUCCAGGUGAGCCGGGCUGAGCUGGCCGUGUUCCACCGAGAUGUCCACAAGCUCUUGGUGGAUCUGGAGCUACUGCUGGGCAUGGCCAAGGGCCUCGGGGAGGACAACCAGCGCAGCUUCCAGGCCCUGUACACAGCCAACCAGAUCGUGAACAUGUGUGACCCUGCCCAGCCCGAGACCUUCCCAGUGGCUCAGGCCCUGGCCUCCAAGUUCUUUGGCCAAUGCGGAGGUGAAAGCCAACAUACCAUCCAUGCCAUGGGGCACUGCCACAUUGAUACAGCCUGGCUUUGGCCCUUCAAGGAGACUGUGCGGAAAUGUGCGCGGAGCUGGGUGACAGCCGUGCAGCUCAUGGAGCAGAACCCUGAGUUCAUCUUUGUCUGCUCCCAGGCACAGCAGCUCGAGUGGGUGAAGAGCCUCUACCCUGGCCUGCAUGCCCGGCUCCAGGAGUUUGCCUGCCGUGGGCAGUUUGUGCCCGUGGGGGGCACUUGGGUGGAGAUGGAUGGGAACCUUCCCAGUGGAGAGGCCAUGGUGAGGCAGUUCCUGCAGGGCCAGAACUUCUUCCGGCAGGAGUUUGGGAAAAUGUGCUCCGAGUUCUGGCUGCCCGACACGUUUGGCUACUCAGCACAGCUCCCCCAGAUCAUGCGCAGCUGUGGCAUCAGGCACUUCCUGACCCAAAAACUGAGCUGGAACUUGGUGAACUCCUUCCCGCACCAUACCUUUUUCUGGGAGGGGCUGGAUGGCUCUCGUGUGCUAGCCCACUUCCCACCCGGUGACUCAUAUGGAAUGCAGGGCAGUGUGGAAGAGGUGCUGAAGACCGUGGCCAAAAACCGGGACAAGGGACGGACUAACCACAGUGCUUUUCUCUUCGGCUUUGGGGAUGGUGGUGGCGGCCCCACCCAGAGCAUGGUGGACCGCUUGAAGCGGCUGCGCAACACAGAUGGGCUGCCCAGGGUGAGCCGUACGGCCCCCCAAGGCUGGGAGACCCAGGCGGUGGUCUCCCUCAGGGUGCAGCUGUCUUCUCCUGGGCGACUCUUCUCAGCGCUGGAGAGCGACUCGGGGCAGCUGUGCACGUGGGUCGGGGAGCUCUUCCUGGAGCUGCACAACGGCACCUACACCACCCACGCCCAGAUCAAGAAGGGGAACCGGGAGUGUGAGCGGAUCCUGCACGAUGUGGAACUGCUCAGCAGCCUGGCCCUGGCCCGCAGUGCCCAAUUCCUUUACCCGGCAGCCCAGCUGCAGGACCUCUGGAGGCUCCUGCUCCUGAACCAGUUCCAUGACGUGGUGACUGGAAGCUGCAUCCAGCUGGUGGCAGAGGAAGCCAUGUGCCACUACGAAGACAUCCGUUCCCAUGGCAACACACUGCUCAGCGCUGCAGCCGCAGCCCUGUGUGCUGGGGAGCCAGGUCCCGAGGGCCUCCUCAUUGUCAACACGCUGCCCUGGAAGCGCACUGAAGUGUUGGCCCUGCCCAGGCCUGGCGGAGCCCACAGCCUAGCCCUGGUGACUGUGCCCAGCAUUGGCUAUGCUCCUGCUCCUGCCCCCACCUCACUGCAGCCCGUGCUGCCCCAGCAGCCUGUGUUCGUGGUGCAAGAGACUGAUGGUUCUGUGACUCUGGACAACGGCAUCAUCCGGGUGAGGCUGGACCCGACUGGCUGCCUGACAUCCCUGGUGCUGGUGGCCUCUGGCAGGGAGGCCAUUGCUGAGGGCGCCGUGGGGAACCAGUUUGUGCUGUUUGAUGAUGUUCCCCUGUACUGGGACGCGUGGGAUGUCAUGGACUACCACCUAGAGACACGGAAGCCAGUGCUGGGCCAGGCAGGGACCUUGGCGGUGGGCACUGAGGGCGGCAUGCGGGGCAGCGCCUGGUUCCUGCUACAGAUCAGCGCCAACAGUCGGCUCAGCCAGGAGGUCGUGCUGGAUGUUGGCUGCCCCUAUGUCCGCUUCCACACCGAGGUGCACUGGCACGAGGCCCACAAGUUCCUGAAGGUGGAGUUCCCUGCCCGCGUGCGGAGCCCCCAGGCCACCUAUGAGGUCCAGUUCGGGCAUCUGCAGCGGCCCACCCACUACAACACCUCUUGGGACUGGGCUCGAUUUGAGGUGUGGGCUCACCGCUGGAUGGAUCUGUCGGAGCACGGCUUCGGGCUGGCCCUGCUGAACGACUCCAAGUACGGCGCGUCGGUGCGAGGCAGCGUCCUCAGCCUCUCCCUCUUGCGAGCGCCUAAGGCCCCCGAUGCCACUGCUGACAUGGGGCGCCACGAGUUCACCUACGCGCUGAUGCCGCACGAGGGCUCCUUCCAGGAUGCUGGCGUUAUCCGUGCUGCCUACAGCCUCAACUUCCCCCUGCUGGCGCUGCCCGCCCCGGGCCCUGCGCCCGCCGCCUCCUGGAGCGCCUUCUCGGUGUCCUCGCCCGCGGUGGUGCUGGAGACGGUCAAGCAGGCUGAGACCAGCCCCCAGGGCCGUACGCUGGUCCUGAGGCUGUACGAGGCCCACGGCGGCCACGUCGACUGCUGGCUGCACACGUCGCUGCCCGUUCAGGAGGCCGUCCUCUGCGACCUCCUGGAGCGGCGCGACCCUGCUGGCCACCUGCCCCUUCAGGACGCCCGCCUGAAGCUCACCUUUUCUCCCUUCCAAGUGCGGUCCCUGUUGCUCGUGCUGCAGCCCCCACCGGACUGAGUCCCUGAGGGCGGGGCUUUGUUUGUGGAAGGCUUUGGGGGCUCCUCAUUUCUGCUUCCCCAGCCUGAAGCAAGGAUGUCACCUCUUGAACAAUAAAUCCUUGGCUCAGGAAC